AUGAUUAAGCUUGGAGCUCUUGUUGGUACCUCAGCAGUUACUGCUGCCUUAAUUUCGAAGAAAACAAUUUUUGCUGCUGCUCCACAAAAGGACAGCAAAAUCAAACUUUCAGAACUACCUUUGUAUGACGUGAAAAAAAGUGAGCCAACAUUCAUAGUUGAAGAGGAAAAUAUAUCGAUGCUGAGAAGCUCCAUAUCAGAUGCUAGAAAAUUUGUCUGGGAAUAUGUUGGGUCUAUGGAGGGCAUGAUUGCUACCAUAAAAGACAAAUACAAUGUAGCAGAAAGUCAUACAAAAGAAACAUUAGCCUAUAUACAUGAAGAUUCUGCUGUUCUGCCGAGAAUAGCGAUUAUCACUGUAGCAGGCUUGGGAGGCGUCAUUGCAGGAUAUAGAGGUGGCAUUUUUAAAAAGAUUAUAUAUAGUUCUAUCUCAGUGGCAACAGCUGCAGCAGUUUGUUAUCCCAAAGAAGCUUCUGACUUUGCUCAGCAAGGAUGGGACUAUCUUAAAGAAACAACAGAUGAUAUCUGGGGUUCAGCUGAUAAGAAAUCUGAUACAGUGAAUAAAAAAGUUGGAAGUGAAAAAACAGGUGAAACUGAUAAGAAUGUUAACAAUGAUGUCAAGGAGAGCAACGUUCAUGCAGAUUCAAACAAAGACAUGUAUUCAAACAGGAGUACCUAA